GCGCUUCCUGAGUUCGGGGGUCGAGGAAAGAUGGCGACCACCAAAGGGGGUUGGUACCUGUGCGAGUUAUUGAGAUUUUUUUAUUCAUUAUUCCUCCCUGGGCUGACAGUCUGUGGAACUUUAUGUGUAUGUCUGUUCAUUAUCCUCUGGGGAAUCAGACUGCUGCUACAGAGAAAGAAAGCGUCAGUAUCAACUAGCAAAAAUGAGAAAAAGCAAAUGGUGGUUGCAUUUUUUCAUCCAUACUGCAAUGCUGGCGGAGGAGGAGAAAGAGUUUUGUGGUGUGCCUUAAGAGCCCUGCAGAAAAAGUAUCCUGAAGCAGUUUAUGUCGUUUAUACUGGAGAUGUUAACGUCAGUGGUCAGCAGAUACUAGAAGGUGCUUUCCGAAGAUUUAACAUCAGACUCACUCACCCAGUGAAGUUUGUUUUCUUAAGGAAACGCUACCUUGUGGAAGAUUCACUCUAUCCUCACUUCACAUUGCUGGGCCAAAGUCUAGGGUCCAUUCUUCUUGGCUGGGAAGCUCUAAUGCAGUGUGUUCCCGACAUCUACAUCGAUUCAAUGGGAUACGCGUUUACACUUCCUCUGUUUAAGUAUUUAGGCGGUUGUCGCAUCGGAAGCUAUGUUCAUUAUCCCACGAUCAGCACAGACAUGCUCUCCGUAGUGAAGAAUCAAAAUGUUGGAUUUAACAAUGCAGCCUUCAUUACCAGGAAUCCUUUGCUCAGCAAAGUAAAGCUCAUCUAUUAUUAUUUAUUUGCUUUUGUUUAUGGACUUGUUGGUUCUUGCAGUGAUGUAGUGAUGGUCAAUUCUUCUUGGACACUAAACCACAUUCUCUCCCUGUGGAAAGUUGGGAAUUGCACUAACAUUGUUUAUCCACCUUGUGAUGUGCAGACAUUUCUGGAAAUUCCCUUACGUGACAAAAAGACGACCCCAGGCCAUUUACUGGUUUCCAUUGGCCAGUUCCGGCCUGAAAAGAAUCAUCCUUUGCAGAUCAAAGCCUUUGCUAAAUUGCUGAAUAAGAAGGUGGCUGAGUCACUGCCUCCAUUGAAACUUGUCCUCAUUGGAGGUUGUCGAAACCAAGAUGAUGAGCUGAGGGUAAACCAACUGAGAAGGCUUUCUGAGGAUCUAGGAAUUCAAGAAGAUGUGGAAUUUAAAAUAAACAUCCCAUUUGAUGAGUUAAAGAAUUACUUGUCUGAAGCAACAAUUGGUCUGCAUACCAUGUGGAAUGAGCAUUUUGGGAUUGGAGUUGUUGAGUGUAUGGCAGCUGGCACGGUUAUCCUUGCCCACAAUUCCGGGGGCCCAAAGCUUGACAUUGUCGUGCCUCACCACGGAGGGAGAACUGGAUUUCUGGCUGAAAGCGAAGAUGGCUAUGCUGAGACCAUGGCUCAUAUUCUUUCCAUGUCUGAGGAAAAGAGACUCCAAAUCCGAAGCAGUGCUCGGGCAUCUGUAAGCAGAUUCUCUGAUCAGGAGUUUGAACUGGCAUUCCUGUCCUCUGUGGAGAACUUAUUUAAAUAAUGCCAUAUCUGUCCAGAUUAAAGCUAUUUUACAUAAAACA